AUGACACGACGACUCUCCCAAAUUCUCCCUCUCUCUACUCCACUUUCUACGAAAAGUUUCGCAAUUCAACAAUUUGUACGGGUGAUGCUGUCGCAGUUAAGUCUUAACGGAGCCGAUGAGGAGGAAGAUGGACGACGACUUGAAGGAGGAGGAGGCGGCGAGACGUCCAAGGCUAUGCCACCCACAAAGACCCGCCCGACGACGUGCGGCAAGCUGAACGGAGCGGACGAGGGGCGAAAGAAGAAGACGGAACAGCAGAAACAGCAGCAGCAGCAGUCGAAAGGGGGCAGCGGAGGAAGCGGAAAAGAGGAGAAGAAGGCCAAGGACAAGUCGAAGAGCAUCUCCGGAAAGGACAAGAAGCCCAAGCCCCAGCCCAAGAAGUUCCCCCUCGGCGAGAAGGAGGCGCAAAUCGCGAAGGGGGCGACGCGCAACAAGAAGGACUACGCGACCAUGGACGACAUUUUGAGCGACUGGGACAGCGAGGAGGAGGAAGAGAAAAAGGGCGGAAAAGCUGGCGGCGGUGGUGGAAGCGGGGCGACGACGCCGAAACGGAAGAAGACGGGCAGCCAGCCGGAGAACAACAACAAGAAGGGCAACAACACGAUCAAGGAGACGAAAGAGACGGAGGAUCAGGAGGAA